CAAGUACCAUAUGUAUGAAUCGAUUACCCCAGUAUACUAAAUUGGCAUUGUUGACAGAUGGAGGUAUUUGUGGGGUCGCAUGUUUGACAUGCUUGGCGUUGCGUCGGAGGUGGCCUAAGCCUGUUUCAACAAAGAAACAAUUGGGCGGUGAAAUAAUCAAUUAUCAUCACAUCCAUAUAGAUGGCCCGGUGUUCUCACGACCUGGCCACCUUGCACUUGUCACGAUCCUCGGGCCCCGUUCCUACUUCCAACCUGACGCUGCCCAUGCCGACCGAGUGAAACGUUGCAUUCUCCUACAGACAGCGUCACUAAUUACCGCUAGCCCUCCCAGAUUAACAUGCGCCCGAGCAAUGCUCACGAUUGGCGCACCCCUCUACGAAUGGGUUGGGUGCCUGCUUCUGUGCAGCCUGUUGACAUGCACUCUUGCGCAGUCGACGAAUAGGACAACCUCCAGCGAUACAGCUCGUGUUUCCUCCUCUACAGCGUCCACGACUACUUCCUUCACCGACUCCUACUCCACUUGUCCCUCGCGCACCAUCAACUACAUCACCCACACCCUUCCGCAGCAAUGCCUGAGGACAGGCUGGGCAGCUACCAGCCAGCCUAUCGCUACCGAAGCGCCUGGUACCGAGCAGGCUGCCACUUCUCUAGACGUCGUUAUUCCAUGGGCUAGAAAACAUGUUUCCGAGGACGCUCCGGCUUCAGAGCAGGCCUCCCAAACCCCGGCAGGACAAGGCGCCCCGGACGAACAUAGCCCAAGUCCACCGGUUGCACCAACGGCGAGCGACACAACCAGCACGCAGAUUGAGGCCGAGCUGGAGACGGAUUCGCCCCUCGAUAACGCCAAUUUCCUGUCCUUUGAGGAUUGGAAGAAGAAGAACUUGGCUCAAGUCGGCCAAUCGCCUGAUACUGUCGGCCAAGGACGUGCGAACGUGGAUGACCACAGAGGUCGGCGACGCCCAGUGAAUGUCAACGCUUUGGAUUCUCUAGGCGAAGAAGGCGAAAUCGAGAUCAAUUUCAGCGGUUUUGGCUCGCCUGGUGAAGGAGACGCUGCCUCCAGCAAUGCUACACCCAAUCAAGAAACCACGGGGGAACCGGCACCUACCGCAAGCGAAGCCGACAAAGCUGCUCCAAGUUCCUGGGCACUUAGCAAGGACGCAGGCAAGACGUACAAAGAACGGUUCAACUACGCGUCUUUCGAUUGUGCCGCCACCGUUCUCAAAACCAACCCAAAGGCUAAGAGCACCUCGUCAAUCCUGGUGGAGAAUAAGGACAGCUACAUGUUGACCGAGUGUUCGGCCGAAAACAAAUACCUUGUUGUUGAACUUUGUGACGAUAUUCUUGUGGAUACUGUUGUUCUUGCUAAUUACGAAUUCUUUUCAUCCAUGUUCCGCCAUUUUCGAAUCAGCGUUUCCGAUCGAUACCCCGUGAAAACAGACCGCUGGCGGGUCCUGGGGACCUUUGAAGCUCGGAAUUCGCGCGACAUUCAACCCUUUCUUAUUAAAGAACCCCAGAUUUGGGCACGAUAUCUGCGAAUUGAGUUUUUGACGCAUUACGGUAAUGAAUACUAUUGUCCAAUGAGCUUGUUACGAGUACACGGUACCACGAUGAUGGAGCAGUUUAGGCGCGAAGAAGAGCAGGCGCGAGGCGAAGAUGAUGUCGAUGAACCCAUUGAAGCUGUUGCGGAAGUAACAGUGCACGAGGGUUUGCCUUCCAUGGAUAUCGAUGCCGAUAAAACGGAGUCGCAAAUGCUUGCCGAGGACAAGAAGAAUGCGUCUCAUGCGACAGAACAAGAUUCGCAAGCUACUAACAUCACCAAUAGCACAUCACAGUCGCAGUCAGACGUUAGUACUGAGGAUUCAAACAUAUCCACGCACCACGCUCACGGGAGUACUACUGAGGUUUCUUCCGUGCAGCCUACGGAUGUCACCAAACAUGAUGAUUCUGUCGAGCACCGCCAACCUCACUCAGCGAUAAAAUCAAUUUCAUCUGAGACGUGGGUCGAAUCGAAUGCUUCUGAUAAUCUUCAGAAAUCAACAAAAGAGACCACUGUCUCAAAUGAUACCAAAGGUGCUCCGUCUUCACCUCACGAUCCUUCGCCAGCCACUGUAAACAGUCCUCUCUCCGAUUCCACGCAUAUUCCCGUCGCCAAAGCUAAAAGCGAGGCAUCGGGUAUCGUUUCGAGUGGAUCGUCAAACAGAACUAGCUCGGAGUCUAUCAAAACGAACGCGCAGACGCACUCAUCUCAUAAACCCGCCCAAACACAACCCAAUCCAGCCACACCUUCUACGCAAGAAUCCAUUUUCAAGUCCAUUCACAAACGUUUGCAAUACCUAGAGGCGAAUAGCACGCUCUCACUCCAGUAUAUCGAAGAGCAAUCUCGUAUUCUUCGCGAUGCUUUUAUAAAAGUCGAGAAGAAGCAAUUACAGAAGACUGAGAAGUUUCUGGAUCAUUUGAACAGCACUGUGAUGCACGAAUUGAAGACAUACCGUAACAUGUACGAUCAGCUUUGGCAAAGCACCAUUCUGGAGCUCGAGGGGAUGAAAGAGCGGCAAAGGACGGAAGUUGGCGAGAUUGGAGCCAGGCUGAGCAUGAUGGCGGAUGAGCUCGUGUGGCAGAAACGAAUGGCUGUCGUUCAAUCUACUCUCCUACUGCUUUGCCUUGGUCUUGUAUUGUUUGUACGAUCGGGUACGCUGAAUUCUCAAUCGGACAUACCAAUAGCGCAACAAUUGGGCAGAACAUAUUCGAGCUUCUUCGAAACGCCCCCGCACGAUAGUGAGCGGCCUAAGGGAUCAAGACACAGAAAAAGAUUUCGAGACAUGUGGAGAAGUGACACAUCGAUAGCACUCAGCGAUCGCAGUGGCCAGCUGAGCGAUACAAUCAACGCAGCUUCCGAUGUGGAUACGGAUGACAGGCGCCGUCUGGUAACCAGAGAAUACAGCCCACCGACUCCGGUUACACCGGGCCUGCCUUGUGAUAUCGACAAGGAGGUCGAGUUCUCCCCCCAACACGUGGAUGACACUCAGGAGAAUGGGUUGUUGACGCCGACGGAAGAUACAGACGAGCGGAGCAAGCGACUACGUGCAUUGGAAACACAAUCUGGGCCGGCUACUCCUCGCGGGUCUCGAGACAAUCGGCCUUCUUGGGAGGAAGUUGACCGCGCGGUUGACUUACUAAAGGCCGAGGAGAAGGAUCCAGGCUUACGGGCACAAGUAGAAAUCAUCGAGAGAAGGAAACAGAGGCGAAGUCCUUUGAGGCGAGCAGAAAGUUAUGACGGCACGACGAGUGAUUCACUCGAGGGAGAAGAAGAAGGCACCGCAGGGUAUUUUGUCACCCGAUGA